UCCGCUUCAGCGGGCGCCAUUAGCACCUGGCCGGAAGCAGGGGCGGCGGCAGCCAAUGGGAGGGCGGGGGUGGGGCGGUGGGGCGGUGCAGGGGGCAGAAUGGCGGCGCCGGGGUGUCUGAGGCGUUGGUGGAUGUUGGCUCUGAGCGGCCGGAUGAGCUGGUGUCCCGCUCCGCUGUGCCGAGGACGAGCGCUGCCAAAGCCCCUGGUGGGCCCUGCCUGUGCAGUUGGGCACCCCCUGCGGUGGGCAGCGUCCUUCUCUCAGCCAGGCCCGACAGAGAGUGAGCCCAGCGAGGGACAGAUCUUUCUCAGUGAGAGCUGCGUGAAGAGGCUGUUGGAGAUCACAGAAGGCUCAGAGUUUCUCAGGCUGCAGGUUGAAGGAGGUGGCUGUUCUGGAUUUCAGUACAAGUUUUCCUUGGACACAGUUAUCAAUCCUGAUGACAGGGUAUUUGAACAAGGUGGUGCCCGCGUGGUUGUGGAUGUGGACAGCCUGGCCUUUGUGAAAGGUUCCAUGGUGGACUUCAGCCAGGAGCUGAUUCGCAGCUCCUUCCAGGUGGUGAGCAACCCCCAGGCAGAGAAAGGUUGCUCAUGUGGGACUUCCUUCUCUGUCAAAUUCUGAUCAGAGUUCCCAUGGACGGACACAAUCUUCAGACACUUCCUGGCAGUCUUCAGAGGUUUUUUGCUCAUUCUUUUCCCAGCUGCUUCCUCUCAUCUCCCUUACCCUGUAACACAGCUGUUAGAGAUGACUCCAGCUGUGUGUGUCUGCAUUCAGCCUAUCUCCAAGACUUGUUGGUCUUUCCUUCAGAAACAUGAAGUAGCUC